ACUUCUCACCUCUUACAACUCUUUUAGUUCCCUUCCCCCACUUUCAACAACAACAACAACAACAACAACAACAACAAAUAACCCUACCUGUGGAGGGAAACAGGAGCCCAGAGGCAGGCCAUCAGGUCUUCCUUCCCACAACUGCUGACCUUUGCUUGGGCCUUGGUUCCCAUGGAUGGUGCAUGCUGGGGCCUGGUCUUAAGUCCUGUGCAUCUGAGGUUGGCCAGCCUACUUUACUCCAGUGUCAUGGAUUUCUGCAAGCUUAAGGCCAGCAUAUCUGGGGACCACCAGCUGACUGAGGCUCAGGGACACAGACGGCUGCUCCAGCUAAAGGUGAAUGUUGGAGACACAAUCGCGAUGCUGCCCAAGUCCCGGAGAGCCCUAACUAUCCAGGAGAUCGCUGCACUGGCCAGAUCCUCCCUGCAUGGUAUUUCCCAGGUGGUGAAGGACCAUGUGACCAAGCCUACCGCCAUGGCCCAGGGCCGAGUGGCUCACCUUAUUGAAUGGAAGGGCUGGAGCAAGCCAAGUGACUCGCCUGCUGCCCUGGAAUCAGCCUUUUCCUCCUAUUCAGAUCUCAGUGAGGGUGAACAAGAGGCUCGCUUUGCGGCAGGAGUGGCUGAGCAGUUUGCCAUUGCAGAAGCCAAGCUCCGGGCAUGGUCUUCAGUGGAUGGUGAGGACUCUACCGAUGAAUCCUAUGAUGAGGACUUUGCUGGGGGCACUGACUCAGACAUGGCUGGGCAGCUGCCUCUGGGACCCCACCUCCAGGACCUCUUCACUGGCCACCGGUUUUCCCGGCCUAUGCGCCAGGGCUCUGUGGAGCCUGAGAGCGACUGCUCGCAGACCGUGUCCCCAGAGACCCUGUGCUCUAGUCUGUGCAGCCUAGAGGACGGGUUACUGGGCUCCCCAGCCCGCCUCACCUCCCAGCUGCUGGGUGAAGAGCUGCUCCUUGCCAAAAUGCCCCCCAGCCGGGAAAGUGCCUUCCGCAGCCUGGGCCCAUUGGAGGCCCAGGACUUGCUCUACAACUCGCCCCUCACAGAGUCCUGCCUUUCCCCCACCGAGGAGGAGCCAGCCCCCUGCGAGGACUGCCAGACGCUCUGCCCACCACCAGUGGGCAGCUGGGAACGCCAGCGGCAAGCCUCUGAUGUGGCUUCUUCUGGGGUGGUGCCCUUAGACGAGGAUGAGGUGGAGCCAGAGGAACAGUGACGCAGAUCAUGCCUGGUGGUGGCAUGUGUCCCCUGGCUGCUGCUGGGGGCAGAGCCUGUGUGCCCCACUGUGGGCUUGAGGCUUUCAGCAGAGCUCCAGUCCAGAGGGCUUCUGGGAGCACUCACUCCUCAUUGUGUGUUUUGCAUGAAAGUGUCUAGAGAGGAGGCAGGGACCAGGCUGGGGGCGCAUGUCCAGCCCCCACUCCUGGGGUUUGCCGGGGGUUGCCCGGGGCCCCUGGGGCAUGGCUGCAGCUGUGGCAGAGUGAUGUUCAUGUUCUUAAAUCAAAAAACGCCACAUAUUUCCUCCUCUGAUGAUGUGAACCCUGAGGGGGUGGUUCUGACUGGGCUGUAUGGGAUAGAAUGGGAGGGAGCCUGGCCUCCCCCUCCUCCUCCCCUCCCCCAUCUCUCCUCUGAUGAUGUGAACCCUGAGGGGGUGGUUCUGACUGGGAUAGAAUGGGAGGGAGCCUGGCCUCCCCCCCACCCCCGUCUCUCCCUGCUGCUCUCCUCAUCUGAGUCCACAAGUCCACGUGCAGUGCUUGAUAGAAUCACCCCC